AUGGCCGCUUCCAACCUGUCCGUCUGCUCCAAUGACCUGAGCUAUGGCAGCCGGGCCUGCCUGCCCGGGUCCUGUGACUCUUGCAUGGACUCCUCCUGGCAGGUGGACGACUGUCCAGAGAGCUGCUGUGAGCCCUCCUGCUGCACCUCCAGCUGCUGCCAGCCUUCCUGCUACACCUCCAGCUGCUGUGUCCCCAGCUGCUGCCAGCCUUCCUGCUGCACCCCCAACUGUUGUAACCGGACCCCCUGCCUGACCCUUGUCUGUGCCCCAGUGACCUGUGGGUCCAGCCCCUGCCAGUCAACCUGCACCAGCUCCUGCACACCCUCGUGCUGCCAGCCCUCCUGCUGCACCUCCUCCCCCUGCCAGCAGGCCUGCUGUGUGCCCGCCUGCUGCACACCUGUCUGCUGCACACCCGUCUGCUGUAAGCCAGUCUGUUGUACGCCUGUCUGUUGCACACCUGUCUGCUGCACACCCAUCUGCUGCAAGCCCGUCUGUUCUGGGGCCACCCCCUGCCCAGCCCCUUCGAGCUGCUGCAGACCCUCCUCCUGCGUGUCCCUCAUCUGCCGCCCCGUGUGCAGGCCUGCCUGCUGCGUGCCCGCCUCCUCCUGCUGUGGCCCCGCCUCCUCCUGCCAGCCCAGCUGUUGA